UUUCACGGGAUAAAAAUGGCGGACUUUGCGCUUGGUAUAGCUGAUAUCGAAUUUCCAAGUCAAGUUUUUGAUCUAAGUUUUCAUCCAAAUCGAAAUGUUAUCGCCUCCGGUCAAAUAAAUGGGGAAGUUAAUGUACAUAGUUUUGGCAAAGAUGGGAAUACCCUUUUAAUGGAAUUGAAACAUCAUAAGAAAGCUUGCCGUGCAGUACAGUUUUCGACAGAUGGCUUGUACCUGACGACGGCCUCAAAAGAUAAGACGAUCCAGGCUGUCGAUAUGAACACUGGAAGCAUUUGUCGUGUGGUCAGAAAAGCGCAUGAAUCCCCUAUAAACUGUUUAAAGAUUUUGAAUCAAUAUCUAUUAGCAACUGGCGACGACAACGGCGGUGUUAAGUUUUGGGAUACAAGAACUUCAAGUAGUGUUGGAGAAUUUUCAGAAAAUGAGGAUUACAUUUCUGGCAUGGAGUGUGACAAAGAUAACAGAACAUUACUAGCUGCGAGUGGGGAUGGGACAUUAUCAGUUUACAAUAUCAGAAGAAAGAGGUUUGAAGCUCGUUCUGAAAAUCAGGAAAAUGAACUGUUGUCUCUUGCUGUUGUCAAGAACGGAAGUAAAGUUAUUUGUGGAACAAGCGAUGGUGUACUGCAUAUUUUCACCUGGGAUCAGUGGUCAGAUAUCAAUGACCGUCUUCCAGGUCACCCGAUGUCCGUUGAUGCAUGUGUAACUCUGACUGAGGAUAUUAUCUGUACUGGAUCAAUGGAUGGCAUAAUAAGAGCUGUCAGCAUUCUUCCCAACCGCUUUGUCGGAGUAGUUGGAGAACAUGGUGAAUUCCCUAUCGAACAAAUCAGUUUGUCACCAGAUAAAAACAUCUUGGCAAGCUGUUCCCAUGAUCAGAAAAUCAAAUUUUGGGAUGUAAAACAUUUUAAGGAAAUGACAUCAAGUGAAGACAUACCGAAGACGACAAAAUCCAAAAAAUCAUCAGAAACAGAGAACUUCUUUGAAGAUUUAUAAAAUAUGAUCCCUACACAGGGAUCAUUUGAUGGAUGUACUGAUAGAAUUAAUGCGUGGUAGAACUAAGGUGCGGUUGCGCCAGCGUUGGGUUGGACCUAGGUCCCAUGCAGGAUGCAACAGUAAACGGGGCAAGUUUCUUUUGACCUGCGUACCAAAAAUUAAGCCUGCCGUGCCAAAAAUGUUUAGUAUGUUUGUCGUGUAACCGCUAACCCUGUCGCUCUAACCUACAGCAAGUUCGCGUUAUGUAUAAUUAUAUUGUCCUUAUACACCAUUUAAUUAAUUAUCU